CACCAGGAACCCAUCUGUAUCCUUCCUUCCGUGGCUUGGGGGGAGAGAAUGACUCGGACGCUUUGGGCCUGGACUUCCAAAGCAUGUUGCAAAUUAACCGGACGCUCUUCGUGGCUGCCCGGGACCACGUCUUCGCUUUUGACCUCGGACAGACCACAAGCAGUUUCUCUCCCACGAGGCAUCUCACCUGGAAGACGCAGGAUGUGGAGAACUGUGCCGUCCGGGGGAAGCUUCGGGACGAAUGUUACAACUACAUCAAAGUUUUGGUGCCCAAGAACGACCGAACCCUCCUGGCCUGCGGAACCAACGCCUUCCACCCGGUGUGCCGGACGUACAAGAUCAGCGACUUUCAACAGGAAGGUGAGGAGCUCAACGGGCAGGCGCGAUGCCCCUUCGAUACCAAGCAGACCAACGUGGCCAUCUUUGCGGACGGGAACCUUUAUUCUGCCACCGUGGCCGACUUCCAAGCCAGCGAUGCCGUCAUCUAUCGGAGUCUGGGCGAGCGCAGCCCCGUGCUGAGGACGGUCAAGUACGACUCCAAGUGGUUACGAGAACCUCAUUUUAUUCACGCUCUGGAAUACAAGGAGUAUGUCUAUUUCUUUUUCCGUGAAAUUUCUGUGGAAUAUACCACGCUGGGACGGGUGAUUUUUUCCCGCGUGGGGAGGGUCUGUAAGAACGACAUGGGGGGCUCCCCACGGGUGCUGGAGAAGUACUGGACGUCGUUCCUGAAGGCCCGGCUCAACUGCUCGGUCCCCGGGGAUGCCUUCUUCUACUUCGACGUCCUUCAAGCUGUCACAGAUGUCAUUCUGGUCAAUGGCCGGCCGGCCGUCUUCGGCGUCUUUACCACCCAGUCCAACAGCAUCACCGGCUCAGCCGUCUGCACCUUUGACAUGGACGAAGUGGAGAGGGUCUUUGGUGGGAGGUUCAAAGAACAGAAAAACACGGAUGCCAGCUGGACCCCCAUCUCCGAGGACAAAGUCCCGACCCCCAGACCUGGCAGCUGCUCUGGGGUGGGCCAAGCCUCGGGGUACCGAACCUCCAACGAGUUUCCUGACGCCACGCUGAGCUUCAUCAAGUCCCACCCUCUCCUGGACGAAGCUGUGGCCUCGGUGGCCGAGCAGCCCUGGUUCACCAAGACCUCCAGCAGGUACCGGCUGACCCGCCUGGCCGUGGACGCCUCCGCCGGUCCCUUCAGGAACAGCACCGUACUGUUCCUGGGCUCGGAAGACGGCACCGUGCUUAAAGUGCUCUCGCGGCCCACCGGCAACCAUUCGGUGCAGACCCUCCUCCUGGAAGAGGUCUCCGUCUACCAGCCCUCCCGGUGUAGCGUGAAGCGUGAGGACCGACAGGUCCUGGGGCUACAGCUGGACAAGGCGAACCACGCCCUCUAUGUAGCCUUCUCCGGCUGCGUGGUGCGGAUGCCCCUCAGCCGCUGUGGGUCCCACAGCACCUGCCGCAGGAGCUGCCUGGCUUCCCGAGAUCCCUACUGCGUUUGGCUGCCCUCCGGGACUUGUGCAAACUUCGGCAACGAAAUCAGAAGCGGAUUUGAGCAAGAUCUGGAAAACACCAUCAAGCCCUCCGCCAAUUGUCAAGACGGUGUGACGUCCACGGGAGAACACGACAGCCUCAGUGACUCGGCCUAUGGAAAUGCGCACACCACGCCAGCAUCCUCCGGGCUCUCCUCAGAGGCGCCCCCAGGGUCUCCCUCCGCUAGCUUGGCUCCCGGCGCCCGCCCAGCCCCUGGUGCAGGGGACCCCCGUUUCACCCUCCACGUGGCUGUGAGCACACAGGGCGUGAGGCAGGAGUCGGAGGCGAAAGACGGCGCCAAGUCAGUCCACUUCACCUUCCUGAUCGGCUGCGUCUUCGUGGCCUUCCUUCUGGGCGCCUUCCUCUCCGGCCUCCUGGUCUCCUGCUACUGCAGCCACAGCCUGCAGCGCGCCAAGCACCCCAGCAAGGACCCCGAGAACGGCAUCCCGCGUCCGCUGUCCCUGCGCAGCCUGGCCAAGAUGAACACCCUGCUGGAAGGUGGCCAGGCCAAGGACGGGCUGAUGGAGACGGCCGCCCCUCAGCUCUACACCACCCUGCUGCCCAGCGAGAAGGAGCUGCCCAGCGCCCCGGCCAAGCCCGGCGUCCGAGAGCACCCCGAACUCUCCGCCUUGCCCACACCGGAAUCCACGCCAGAGCUGCCGGUCAAGAACAUGAAGGCCAUCCGGAACCAGUGGGAGAAAAACCAGAACUUCAACAACGCCAAGGAUGCCCAGGGGAAGGCGAUGCCCUUCCACACCCCGGUGCCCAACACCUUCUCCUUCCCCAGCCCGGGAGGGUUCCCGGGGCACCUGCACGGCUACGAGGCCCCCUUGGGGGGCUAUCUGGACGAGAAGAAAAUCUCCAACUCGGAGCGGGUGCUGGUGCGGCCGUCCCACCUGCCCAAAGGCAUGGAGGUCACCACCUUGGAAGAGCUGCUCAAGCAUCUCCACGGGGCUGGGGGCUCCGUGCCCCCCGCCUUCCCGCCUUCAGCCGUGGCUUUUGCCAACCGGGUGCAGCCGAAGGUGCCCAAUCUGGAGGGCACCCCAUAUUACAACACCUCCACGCUGCCUCGGCGGCUGGACAUCCCUCCGGACGCUCCCUUGCCGUUGGGCUCGGACAAAGGAGGCCGCUCCGUGGGCCACAGACAUUCCCUCUGCGGCGCCCCGAAGCUGGUGAACGUGGGUGGGGGCGGUGGGGGGCUGCUGAUGCGGCAGCACAGCCUGGGCCAGGCGGGGAGGCUGCCCCCGGCCCUCCUGACCCGCAUGCACUCCACGGGCAGCUCCCUGCCCCAAGAGGGCCACCACGCCAUCUUCCUGGCCAGGCAACACAGCUACGGUGACCAGGGGCCGCUGCCCAGCCACGGGGGCGGCAUCCGGCGGUCCGUCUCGCUGAUCAAGCCGGGCAUGGCCCCCCAGCCUCUCUUCCAGCCUUCGUCUCCGCCCGCCCAGCCCUCCGGCCCCUUCAACUAUUGAGCCCUGCGGAAGGAGAAGCGUGACUUGAACCCAGAGCCGGGCCCCUCUGCGAAGGUCGCUUUUGCCACGUCCACCCCCCAGGGAUUUCAAAUUCGAGUGCCUUGUGAGAGGGAAGGUCCCACGCAGGUGGCACAGGUGGGGCUUGGCUGGAGGGACACCUGCUUCCUUCUCUCUUCCCGCGAGAUUCUUCCAGAAGCUUCUUCGGCCUCCGGGGCCCCCGAGGGGCCCCAAAGUAGCAAAGCUGGCCAUUCCUCCCUACCUCACGGGUGAUGCCUUGAAGGCGGCCGCCUCGGCAAAGCCCAGCCUCACCCAUUCCUUAUGCAAGAAAUCUCCACCAAGGAUGCCCGUCCUGGCUUGCUCGCGCCCUGCCAACGGGCAACCGAAUUCUGCUUCCAAAGGCUGGCGAAAUGCUUGGGCACAGAUUCUCCGGGGGAGCAGAGACCCAUUCGAGCAACCGGCUGGGAACAGUCCUCCCCCCCGGGUGGGGCCCUUCCUCCUCUCUGCCAGGGCCAACCUGCAAACGGUCGUGUUUCGAUUCUGCCACGUGGCCGAAGGACUCCAAACUCAACGUUUUCGCGUUUUGCAAAAACCUGAAGUUUCAAAGGAUGGAUUUCACGCGGGGGAGCAAAAGGAGGGUUGGGGUGGGUGGGAGGGAGGGAGGGGGUCCCAGGGCAGGUUUUGGGGUGGCCUCGUCCUUUUCAAACAGGUGGGUGUAGCCAGCUGGAGAGCAGUGGGCAUUUCAGCAACCAAACAGGCUCUCCAAAUCAGGAAUGCAAUGCUCAAACUCCGAAUGAUCUGAACUCAGGUCAGGCUGGACCACGGCCCCUUCUAUGGGGUGAGAGAACCGUGUUUGCUUAGUGGGGAAGGGGGUGCUCCCCCACCCCAGCCCGUCUUUGUAGCACUUUUGGUAUUUGUGCGUGUGUUUUUCUCCCAAAAGGGCAGAUUAUUGUGGCUCCUGUUGCUUGAAUGGCCUUCUGAGACAUGAGCCUUUGCGGAAUUUGAACUCGCAGCCGUUCCCUCCAGGGAGGGAAGAUCUUCAGGGUCCUGGCUCGGCCCCCAAGGAGCCCCUCCUGGCUGGCGUUCUUCCUUGCACCCAGUUUUGACCUCUCUCUUUUUCUAAAGACCCUCCCCUCCCAUUUGGGGGGUGGGUGGAGAGACUCUGAUAAAGGCCAAAUUACCUAGGGUGUAGGGGGGCAAAUUUUCUUCUCAAGUUACAGUCCCCACCCCCAUUGGGCCAGCUUGGUUCAUCCUGCUCACCUACGCCUCGAUUC